AUGGAGAGUCAAUGGCGCGCCUUCGCCGACGAGCUUGGCCGCAACAACAACCCUCCUGCCACCAACCCUGCUGUCUCGUCUCAUGACCAGCUCAUGCGCAAUCCACUAAGUGUAUACUCCACCGACAACGACAACCGCGAGGCAACGCGAUCUGCUAUACUAAGGCCCGUCACUGCUCAGGUCUUGAGCAGCGAUCAGACUAACGCACCAAAUGUAUACACACAGCGGGAGGUAGAGUGCGACCUUGAAGACAUGUUGGAGUUGGUGAAUUUCUCCCACGACUCAGCAGUCACCGCGAUGCGCAACAACGAUCGCUCGGCUCACCGUGCCUGGAACAUUGCUCGUGAACUUACCUACUUUAGCGGUCCGGGUCGCACGGCGUACCGGUUCACCAAGCCAGGGUUUCGUCGAGGAGUCAAAGCCACUGCGACAGCCGCCUUGGACGAUGAGAAAUCCCCUGAAGAUGCGAAGGCGGUCAUCGACCACGCCCUCGGAGUACUCGACGACCUACAGCCGCGCGAGUACAGUGAGCAAGAGUGGAAGAAACUGGAAGAAGGCUACCGGGAGAGUUCGUAUGGCUUGGGGAGCCUCAAGCAAGACCUGAUGGAAAUCCUGCUCAACCCCAAUGCCAUUGAUCAGACUCACGCAGUGACUUUGCUUGAGAAGGCAGAGCACCUACUUGCCGCAGUGGCUUCGCCACAGUUGAAGCUUUACUGCUUGUCUUUGGCAAUGAACAUCAAGCCAGGACGAGCUUUCGUGCUCCAACCAAGUGGUAUACUGGCCGACUUCAUCGACCAGCUUCGCGAGCAGCAACGCACCGACGGGGCGCUCGACUCACGGUUCAUUGAUGCAAGCAACGAAGAUGUCAUUGAUCUCACGAACGCUUCAGACCAAGACGAAGACGAUGUCGAAGUCAUAAAGGGAUUCUUGACCAAACUCGUGCCUUUCGACAGCCCAGCAGCAGCAGAGUCUUGGCUUCACAGAACUCGUCGACAGUCUGAUGUCAUAGACGACGACAUUGCCUGGAUCUGCGACAACAAGCCGCAAUGCCUCCAGCGACUCUUCGCGGCGUUCUUCAGCAAGAAGAAGGGCAAAGCGCAGAAGAAGUGGGAUGAACAUCUGGGCCAUAUUGAGAAGCAAGUAGCCCACAAGAUUGCGUCUGCUAUCAGUCACAUGCUCGUUGAGUACAUCAUCAAGUAUCACCUUGAGGGCGAUAACCUCUUGGGACACCUGUUCAAGGGCAACAGUGCUGACGAGUCACUGAAGGCUUGCAAGCGCUUCCGUUUGGUGGAACAAGCCCUCUUGGAGGAGAAGACGGUCUGUCUCGACUUGUUCAAGGCGCCAACUGCACAGACUUGUAUCAAGGUGCUAGCUCAGCCGCUGAAGUACGUCAAGGACAAGAAAGAUAACGAAAACAAUAAUGCUCGGCGGGCUGAGAUCACCAAGACGCUGAAGAGUCAAAAAAGUCAACGUUCUUCUACUGCGCCGGAAGACUCGUCUACACCACCAACCGCUGAAGUCACUCCCCCGCCUGCUGGUGUGGCUGGUAGCGAGAGGAAGACCAAGAAGGGGCCUGAAGGAAGCGCAACGUCAAGCACCAAGAGGACUAGAGCCAAGAAGGCUGGCGCAAACGCGUUAGUGGCCGUUGCAGCACCGACUACAUCCACCGACCAAAUCCCGAGUCUCACCUCAGACCACGAGCGCUCGUCGCGUGCGGAUUUCGAGCCGCAGAGCCAGUUCCAACCCCAUACCAACACCUCUGGAGAGGGGGCUAACCCCUUGGGCGAUCUGAGCAACAACAACGCACCUGAAUUCCACCGCUCGCCGCUUCCAGCCACGAGCUUUCCACAAGCUCGCACCAAUUCUACCAUCAAGCGUGCUCAUGAGCAAGAUGACGAUGAACGCGUCUACAUGGGUUCCUCAGCACCCAAGCGACCAAGAACGACACUAUCUACUGCACCAUCUGGACCGCAGAACAACAAUGACCUACCAUACGCCCAGAACUCACAACACAACUAUCUCCAUCUAUUCAGAACCUCUGCACAACCUCCACAGCCAGAAACCCUUCCGACUCAAGGCCUCAACCAGCACAUCACUCAACCCUACAACUUCAAUGGUCAGCCCCAACAGAACGAACAGCCGCUUUCCAACCUUAGCCAUCUGACCAACGAGGAGAUCUGGCGCGACUUUCUCGCGAGCGCCGCACAACCCACUAACUCCAUAAAUUCCACGGACAAUGCUAAAGGCAUUAGGGCAGUUGAAAACGCCGAUCUCUUCGGAGUGGGCAGUCAAUUUCACAACACGGUUGAUUUGCCUGGCGAGAACGUCCCGAGCGGUGAGUACUUCGGCGUCGCCGUGCCAGGAGAUCAAGAUGAGCUGCUCAACUUCGACGAGGACGACUUCUCUAGCCUGGACUCCAGCGCCGCCUUGCCAUCUGGUCAAGCACCGCUGUCCGAGUUCAACGAGGCCGACUUUGCCUCAGGCCCGGACUCCAGCGUUGACAACGUUCAAGCCAUGUCUGGGGCUCAAGAGGGCCAGGGCGAUGUUGGCAACUUCAACCAUGGCAACGAGCAAUUCGUCUGGCCACCGCUGGACGACUCAUUCGGCGGUGCACAGUAA